CCGUGAUCCUUCCAGCCCGAACGGUAUCCCUCAGCGAAUGAGACACAGCGGGGGGCGGGUUUGCUCGGGUCACGUGGAUAUGCUGCAUUGUUGCAAGUCAGAAGAAAGCGCAUUAAAUUAUGUGAGAUUACAUACUGUGAAUUCGGAAUUGAGCUGUUUAUCUAAGAAAAUACAAAAUAACUACCCAACACCUGGAAACAAAAGUUUUCCGCAGAUUUACUGAGCACGCCUUAGCUCUGCUGCGGUUAUAUUAAGGCAUAAGUGACCCAGGCCCUGAAGAGACACCAGCCCUCCAGUAAUUGAGAAGAUGGAGCCGGCCUGUCUCGCCAUACUGCACCCUGACCAGGUUGCAGGGGAUAUCGGUGAACUGGGGCCUGUGAAGGUGAUAGAGAAGCAAGCUGAUGCAGGAUCGAAAUCUGACCCCAUUGAUGAAGACGAUGAACCAGGAUCUGUCUGCACUAAAGAACACAGCGAUACGGAAUCUGUCCACAUCAAAAAAGAGGUCAUUGACCCAGAACUGGAAUCCAACAAAGACAUAAAAAAACAUGAAGAAACAAGUCUUUCAACAGACACCCUGUACAUCUGCCCCGAAUGUGGCAAGAGUUUCGCUCAGCUGCAGACUCUGAGAAGACACUUGCGUACCCACGUGUCGGAGACCUCUUUACAGUGCUCCCAAUGUGGGAAGAAAUUCAACCAGCUUUCCAAAUUCAAAGCCCACCAGCGUUUUCACACCGGGAAGAGCCACGAUUGCUCGGAUUGUGGGAAGAGCUUCCGGCAGUUGGGAGACCUCAAAUCCCACCAGCGCAUCCACACUGGAGAGACGCCGUAUCGCUGCCCGGAAUGCGACAAGAGCUUCAAGAACUUAGGGAACCUCAAGGCGCAUCGACGCAUCCAUUCCGGGGAAACGCCUUUCCCCUGUCCGGAAUGCGGGAAGAGCUUCCGGCAGCUGCAGACUUUGAAAAGGCACGUGCGCAUUCACACCGGUGAGACUCCGUAUCACUGCUCCGACUGCGGGAAAAGCUUCAAGCAGUCCGGGGAGCUGAAAGCCCACCAGCGCAAUCACACGGGAGACAUGCCCUACCGCUGCUCCGACUGCGGGAAGAGUUUCAAACACCUGGGCAAUCUGAAAACGCACCAGCGCGUUCACACAGGAGAGAAGCCGUAUCGCUGCACGGAGUGCGACAGGAGCUUCAAGCAGUCCGGAGACCUCAAGGCUCACGUGCGCAUUCACACGGGGGAGACCCCCUUCGGCUGCAGCGAGUGCGGGAAGAGUUUCAAGAGGGUGGUGACCCUCAAAGCCCACCAGAGGGUUCACACCGGAGAGAGGCCGUAUCUGUGCUCCGAAUGUGGGAAGAGUUUCAAAGAGUCCGGGGCUCUGACCAAACACCAGCGCAUUCACACAGCCGCCCCCCCUCCAUCGCUUCUCUACCUGAGAAGCGAAUCAAGCAAUCAGGAGACCACCAGCUGAAUCAGGCCAGGGAAAGCCUUGGGUGAAGCACGUGAAGUUUGAAAAAUGUUUUUAUUUAACAAAUGAACGUUUUCCAAAAACUACAAAGUAACCAGGUCUCUGAAGCGCUCACAAAAUCCAGUUUGGUAUCCUUGGCUCCCAGAUCCCCAAGUUAUAAAUGGAUUAUUUAAAGAAAGUUUCAUUCAGGUGGAUUAAAUAACGUUUAAUGUUUUAGAAUGCAUUGUGAAGUUUAAAAACUCAGCAGUUCAAGGGCCAUAAUGCAAUUCGAGUUUAAACAAAACAAAAAAAAAUUAUUCUACAAAUCCCAUCACGCCAACUGGUGUUUUAUAUCUGCUUUUUUGUGUUCCUGCUACCUGAUCCUCAUACCUGGCACAGGCACCCUUGUCAAUUCAUUCAUUCUUAAUAUAAACCCCUCGCUCCUGUGCAGACAGAAUUGCAUUUCUACAAGGCAGUGGUGAUACUUCAGGGAUAAGUGGUUAUUGAAACAUCUUCCACGCAUAACUCUCAUUUAUAAAAGUGUGCUGUUUAUUUUGUAUAGAAUUGAACCCAAUUUAACUCAAACCCACUUCCCCCCUGUUGAGAAAUUAAGCUUUUUACAAUAAAAGCUUUUUAAAGAAGGCAAAUUGAUACAAAAUGCGCAUCUGUUGUACAGGUUCUAUAUCUCUCUGAAAGGUUUAGCGAUCCAAUUUCAGUAUUUAUUUUCACAAUAAAAUGCUUUGACCUUGAGACAGUUUCGAAACAUCUACAGGAGUAAAAUAAAUAAAUACACUUCUGUGCUGCAAACAAGGUCAACGAAAGAACAGAGUCAAGCUGAGGCAACAUGUUCUAAAGGGAGCUGCAGCAAUUCAGGCUGUAGACUGUCAUUACAUUGCAAAAACCAUAAACACAUUCUUACAUGAUUCCAGUUUAAUUCAUUAUUAUUAUUAUUGUAUUUAAAUUUAAAACAGAUACUAUAGCAAUACAAUAAUGAAUGCAUCGCAACUAGACUAGCCAGCAAGCUUAAACAGAAGAAAAAGAUGAAGAACAAACACACUUCAUUUUGAAUUGCUAUUAGAACAAUGGGUCUCGCUGUCCUCAGAUCAAUGUGCCUCUCAAGUAAUGAUAAUGAAGGGCAUGCCCGCUGCUCCUCAGUGUAAUCCAGUUACAGGCCCACCAUGCCAGUUCUACAUGCUGGAUUAGAUGCCAUAAAAUAGAAGCUAAAAGUAACGCUUUAUUCUGUGUGGCAAAGUUACUUAAUAAACAGAUGACAGGUGUGCUCAUAUCCCAAAUGCUAUAUGUUAGUAUGUUUAUUAAGAUUUCUAUUGGUAGUUUGCUGGUCCAACUUAAUAAACCAUUGUUUUACAGAAUUGUAGAAGUUUUUGAAUAAUCAUGCAAUCCUGUAAUUUUCAUAUGUUUGUGUUUCUCUGUUGCAUGUGUAUUGAAUGUUUAUUAACAUGUAAUUGAAAGUUAAUAAAAGGGUAAUGGCAUGUUAAUGAAAUACUUGUGCCACGCAGAAUAAAGCAUUACCCAAAACCCUUUAGGUGACAAGUAGCAAAAUAUUUUUCUUUAUACAGUAAAGUAUUGGCAAGGCACAUAAUUGGUAA